UCUACGCUCUAUGAUAUCGUAUUUUUACGUAGAUCAUGUCAAUCGUCACAUUAACGGUCACGUACUAUUUGUAAGAUACGCAGACCCAGCCAAUCGUACAAACUCCUAGAACAACGAAGACGGUUUUUAAAACGGCAUGUUUUUAAAUGGCUGUCGGAACGGCCAUUGUAUCAAGGUAGCCCAGUCGAUGAAAACUGAUUAAUUAACAUCCAAUGCUUUGGGGCGACGUAAUUAACAAAAUUGCUUUGCUUUUGGAUGUACUGUGACCGAUACGAGUGUAGCUUACCUUCAAGAUAUGGAAACAAUAAUUAAACAACUUGCCUCGCCGGUCGUAUUUGCGGUGCUUAGCGUAUGCUUGUGGCUGUUUUAUGGUGUUCAUGGGGCUGCACGCUCUCGAGGAGGACUGAUUCGAGGCGGCGGGCAUAGCUGGUGGCAAAGGCGGUGGCAACCUGGAAGCGAUGAGCCAUCGAUGUCUGCGCUACUGAUUUGCCUUUUGAUGCAACUCUUUUUGUUGUAUGCCCAAAAGCAGUGUUCUAACCUAACCCAACAGGCGAUCGAUCGACACGGGACGGAAUUCAUAUUUGUUCUCCAAUGGCUCCCUGGCAAAUGUUUCGAUGAUACUCCAUGUAAUACAUCAAAUUUUAAACCUUACUGGACAAUACGCGGCCUAUGGAUGGAGGAUACAUAUUGCCGCGCUCAUCCACAAAUUUACAAUCAUCUUGACAAGUUGGACGUCAACCAAAUGAACGAACUGUGGCCCACGGCUAUCGUGAACAGAUCAGCCGUUGAUAACUGGAAUUAUCAAUGGUUGAAAUAUGGGACUUGUGGGAGACGUCAUUACGCGGUGAAUUCUAUACGUAAGUAUUUUCAAAGGGUACUUGAAUUAUACAAACGCAUUAAUUUAGACGAUAUAUUAAAGUCUAACAAGUUGACACCGAAAAAGAGUGGCCUAUAUAAACGCACCGAUUUCGAAAAAGCCCUGGGAAAGCGUUUGGAUGAUGUCCACAUCACUCUGGUCUGUAGGACAAUAAACGGGGUCUCUGUUCUUGAAGAGAUUCGCAUAUGCUUCGACUAUACAUUCGCGCUCCGCGACUGUGACGAAACAACUCCAUGCUCCGCGAACGUUCUGUAUCCGACCCCCAGGGGCUCCAGGUCUAGGAGCGAAACCGCUGGAAGCAGGUAUCCAGCUUGAGACGGAGUCCGUGUAUUUAAUUCACGCCAACAGAAUAAUGAUCAGAAGCCAAGGCAAAUUAGAAUCGAGUUUAGAUUAAUCUUA